AACACAUUGAACUUUAUAAUAUGUAUCUACCGGUUUAGAAAUAACCUUCACUUUUAUUUCUCACCUCGUACACUUAAAUAUAACCUGAAAACCUAUAAGCUGACGGAACUGUGCACUAUGGUCUUAAAGUAGAAUGUUUUAUGAUACAAAAGAAGAAACACGCAUGUCGGUGUCGGUACCUAUAGGAUAAUACCUAAUUUGAUAUGAAUUUGGAGGAAAAUAAAAAUUGCAGAAGGGAUAUAAGAGAAUUUAAUGUUCCGAUACCUUGGGGUCAUAUUGCAGUAAAAGUAUGGGGCAUCGAAAACGAUCCACACGUCAUAGUUUUCCAUGGACGAAUGGAUAAUGCAGGCAGUUUUGAUAAUCUAAUACCUCUUUUACCAAAUCACUUUUACUAUAUUUGUGUAGAUUUACCAGGUCAUGGAAAAUCUUCACAUUUUCCUCCCCACUUGCCCAUCCAUUCAGAAGAUUUCCUAAUGCCCUGCUUGUUACUGGUAAAAUAUUUCAAGAAAGAAAAAUACAUCUUUAUGGGGCACAGUUACGGUGGCCAAAUAGCGUUUCUUUUUAGUAGCGUCUACCCGCAAUUCGUUGAAAAAUUAGUAACCUUAGAUGUACUACCAUUGUACACCAUUGAAACUAACAAAACUGUUGAAUAUUUGCGUGGUAAAAUAGAGAAAGUUGUUAAGAUUCAGGAAAAAUUGAGUACUGGACAGCCGCCAUCGUAUACGUACGAAGAAGCUUUACAAAGGUUUUGUAACACUAGAUAUUUCGGGGAAACUCUCUUCAAGGAAGCUGCCGAACCAAUGCUGAAGAGAUCGUUGAUAGAAAAAGGUGACGGAUCAUAUUAUUUUUCCACGGACCAACGAAUGAAGGCCUACAUAAAUCCACUCCAUGAUAUGCGAUAUUUUAUCGAAUGCAAUAAACUUAACCCUAUUUCCGUUCCAGUACUAAUUAUUUUUGCAAAACUAAAUGAUCUUCCCAGAAAACGCUUCGCUCGUACUUUAGAGCAAUUACAAAAAAAUAAGAACGUUACAGUUUUGUAUGUAGACGGCGCUCAUGACGUCCACAAUAAUUAUCCACAGAGGGUGGCGAGAUACAUUUGUCAGUUUUUGUUGUUACAAAAUGCUAAAUUAUGAAAUUUUUAUUCAUAAUUUAGCAUUUUGUAGAGAUUUAAUAGGUAAUAUAUUUUUAGAUAUUUAAUAAAAAAUCGUUUAUUUAU